ACAGCAUCCGUGACUCAUGUGGGUGCUCCCUCGAUGGAAACAGGGAUGGAAUGGACGAGCAAGUGCAACAUCCUGGAAGGUCAAAAUACUUCAGAUUGAGUUCUUCUGUGGUAGUAUGGCAGCAGCGUUUCUAGAUGGCAAGGAUGCAAACUCUCUUCUCAAACGUUUUCGGCGGGCGAAUGGUUUCUUGGAGGAGUUUCGGCAGGGCAACAUCGAGAGGGAGUGCGCAGAGGAGAGCUGCAGCUUUGAGGAGGCCAAUGAAGUAUUUGAAAACAAGGAGCAAACGAUGGAGUUCUGGAAAAACCGCAGCAUCUACACAGUGAACAGCAAUGCUGAUUCGAACUCAGAGCGGCUGGAGUUUGGGAACAUGGUGGUGCCCCUGGUGGGCGUGGCUGUCAUCAUCAUUGCGCUCUUCAUCAUCUGGCGGCUGUCCAUCACUCGCUGGCGUCUGGCCUACACCCAGAACCGCUAUCUGGCCAACCGGAACACCCGCAGCCUUCCGCGCAUUCUGGUGCACCGUGACCCACUCUCGCAUUCAGAGAACUUCCACGCCAAUGACAGGCUCAGUGUGGUGGUCAGCGGCACCGAGCGGAGCGGGUCUUCCCUCGCCACCCAAGACGCCCGCCAUCACACCGGCCACUCACAGAACAAUCGCUCGCUAUACGUACAAGAUCCAUCUUUAUCCGUGGCCUCCCACUUGUCUGGGGCGACCCCGCCACCAUCCUACGAGGAAGUCACUGGGCAUCUAGAGAGCAGCAGCGAUGAGACGACAGUUCCGUACAAUGAUCCUCCACCAAAAUAUGAGGAGAUUGUGCUAGAAAAGUGAGUGUUUUAAUUUACUAGGAUAUAAAUAUAGAGAGUUGGUGGUUUAUGCACUGGUAAAUGUGGUUGAAGAGAAAGAUGUAGAAGUAUUAAUGAAGAAGAGAUAAAUUAUAUUCCUCAACGACAGUUGCCAAGUUCAAAAUCCUAUCAAGCAUUAGGCUUCAGAACCUACUAUAAAACAAAGGGUUGUUUAUGGGACAAAACAAGAUGGUGUGCCAAAUCUGAUUGGUGUAUUGUAAGAGUUUGCAUAUUGUCCUUUUCCUGUGAUUUUAUUUAUCUUUGAUGGUCAUUUUACACUGCACUGAAAGAUGCCAACUAUCACAAUCAAUCGCCUGAUGUGAGUGCUCAUUCCAUAACUCAAUUUGCAAAAACUAACGCCAAUACAUAUCGAUAAGACCUAAUUAUCUGAGAAGACCCGAUUCAAUGUUUCUUGCCAUUUAUCGGUGUGUGUAAAUGGGAAUUGGCGCUACACACAGUAAGCCCUGUGAAAUCAUAUACCAGAAGUAUCUCUGAUGCACCAGUAUAGAAAUUUAGAAAUGUUGAGUGAAAACCAAUAACUCUUGAAACCUGGAAGCCGAUAUAUAAUUGA